AUGGGUCUGUCCGACUCGCUCGCCGGCAAGAGGCCGAGGCCCAUGAACUACGGCCAGCCCCACCCGUCCACCCACCCUCACCUCGUCAAAGAGGGCGAAAUCACGCCGGGCAUCACGGCCAAGGAGUACGCCCAGCGAAGGGAGAAUCUCAUGGCGCGCGUACCGGUGGGGACGGUCAUGAUCGUCCCCUCGCACCCCGAGAUGAUGAUGUCCUACGACAUUCCGUAUUCCUUCCGUCAGCAGACCGACUUCUACUACCUUUCCGGCUACCAGGAACCCGACGCGCUUCUCGUUCUGGCCAAGCGAUCCGACAGCGAGCCCAUCCACUUCACCAUGUUUUUGCGGCCCAGAGACCCCGCCCGGGAGAUCUGGGACGGCCCACGCUCGGGCGUCGAGGGCGCCGUCUCGUUCUUCGGUGCCGACGAGGCGCAUCCGAUCGACCGGCUGGCUGAAAAGCUGAAGGAUCUGACCGACGGCGUGAAGAACAUUCUCUACUCCCCGGACGUCCACCUUGAGUUCACCCACCAGAUAUUCGCCCUCAUUCCGCCAGAAAAGAUCGCCUGCCCGAGGAACCUGUUGCAGACCAUGCGAUUGAUCAAGUCGCCGGCGGAGAUCGACGUCAUGCGCCGCUCGACCGAAAUCAGCGGCCAAGCCUUCCGCGAGAUCAUGCGCGCCACCCAGCCUGGAAUCACCGAGGGCCAGUUGGCGGCACUCUACGAGUACGAGUGCAGGAAGAGAGGCUCGCAGCGCCUGGCCUACCCGCCCGUGUUCGCGUCGGGCAUUCACGCCAACACGCUCCACUACGUCGCCAACGACGACAUCAUGCAAGAUGGGCAAAUGGUGCUGGUCGACGCGGGUGGAGAGUACAACAUGUUCUCGAGCGACAUCACACGAACGUGGCCCGUCAACGGCAAAUUCACCCCGGCCCAGCUCGACCUCUACAAUACCGUGCUCGACGUCCAGAAGAAGUGCAUCGAGUUGUGCGUGUCGGAUGGGCGCAUGAGCCCGUCUGCGCUCCACCAAAUGUCGACACAGUUCAUCACCGAGGGCCUCAAGAACCUGGGCCUCAUCAAGCCGGGCCAGACCUCCGGCGUGAGCCGAUUCUACCCGCACAGCAUCGGGCACUGGCUGGGCAUGGACGUGCACGACGUGCACGACGUCAGCACGCGCGUGCCCUUCAAGCCGGGCAUGAUGGCCACCGUCGAGCCCGGCAUCUACGUAUCCGAUGACCCCGACAUUCCCGCAGAGCUCCGCGGCAUGGGGGUGCGUAUCGAGGACGACGUGCUGAUCACCACCGGCGCCCCCGAGAUCCUAACCGCGGGCGCGCCCAAGGAAGCCCACGACAUCGAGGCCGUCAUGCGCGACCGCAAGCCACUCUGA